AUGACCAUGAUGUCCAAGGAUGUGGAAGCACCAAGGAUGACACUGAGAACCCCCUCUAUACCAGACGACGAGAAGAGCAGCUCACAGAUACAACAUGGAGAGGUCGAAGAUGCAGCGAUCGUAGCUGCACUACAAGGCUAUGUGCCAGGUACCGCGGAAGAGAAACGUUUGGUGCGAAAAAUUGACUUCGUAUUGCUUCCAAUCCUGUGGUGGAUGUACAUCCUUGCGCAUCUCGACAGGAGUAACAUCGCCAACGCCAACGCGGCGGGUAUGAGCGAGGAUCUUGGCCUCUCUGAUAACCAGUAUGCAAUGCUCGUAUCACUCUUCUUUGUGGCAUACGUCAUCUUCGAGGUUCCUUCGAACAUGAUACUGAUGAAGGUGAAGCCUUCGAUCUAUUUGUCCACGAUUGUGUGGGUUUGGGGAUGCGUUGUUCUCGGGAUGUCACAAACCAAAAGUGCGACAGGUUUGCUUAUUGGACGCUUCUUCCUCGGAGCAAUCGAGGCGGGGUUGUAUCCAGGCGCGCUGUUUAUCCUUACUUGCUGGUACACGAAGAAAGAAGUCGGCAAGCGCUUUUGCAUUUUUUACACGUCAGGCUGCGUGUCUCCCGCACUGGGUGGCAUCAUGGCAGGCGCGGUAAUAUCUAGCCUGGACGGCGCUCGUGGGAUUCCGGGCUGGCGUUGGUUGCUCGUCAUAGAGUCCGCGAUUACGAUUGUCUGUGGCUUCGGGUUGUAUUUUGUUCUUCCCAACUGGCCGAUUGACUCCAAGAUGUUGUCGCCGGAACAGCGCCUUCUUGCUCAUGUCCGCAUUCUCCGUGAUCGGGACGAGUCGUGGGAUACCGAAGAAAAGGCCCUUACGCCACUACAGGCGUUCCUCGCAGUGAUCAGAGAUGGCCGAACCUAUCUUUUUCUGAUCAUCUAUACGGCGAACUGUUUGGCGCUGACCGUGUCUUACUUCAUUCCAACCAUGCUCAGAGGAAUGGGUUAUACGAGCACUAGUGCCCAGUGGAUGACGGUACCCAUUUGGAGUUGCGGCGCGGUAUUUCAGCUCUUUUGGUCAUGGACUUCGGACAAGACACAAGACCGAAGAUGGCACAAUGCUGGCCUGCUUGGGUUUGCUGGAAUCGCUGCACUAGUAGCUCUCCUCGUCAGCAAUAAUGCGGUCAAGUAUGCUAUGUUGUGUAUCCAGACUGGCGCGAUGUACACAACAAUACCUCUGAUUCUCAACUGGACCAGCGAAGUUCUGUCUCAGCCAACACGUAAGCGAUCUAUAGCUAUCGCGUUGGUGAACUCAUUUGGUCACACGAGCUACAUUUACGGAAGCUUCCUGUGGCCCAGCGCCGAGGGGCCACGUAACCUGAAGGGAUUUGCCGUAUCGACUGCCGUCUUAUGGCUUGGCCUAUUAACGGCUGCAUUGAUGCCAGUGAUCGCGAGUUACCUACCAAAGCCGCAGCCUGACAUGACGCUGCAUGGACAAGAGUUGUUUGUUGCUGGCGAGGAGAAGCUCGAGAAGCAGGACAAAUGA